AUGAGUUCACAAGACGGUAGUCGUGCAUCGGAAGAAAAGACGGGUGAUGGGGUCUAUGUGACGAAGAAUCGGUCGUUGUUUUCCAUGUGGCUUCAUGGGAAAACCGUCCCCAGUCGUGCGCAUUCGGCAGUGGUGUUUCGAUCGGCGGAUGUGAUUCAAGAGGGUUAUUUACUUAAACAGGGUCUUCGAUUGAAAUUAUGGACGCGGCGGUAUUUUAUUUUACGACUUGAAGAACGGCAUAUGACUCUGGGAUAUUAUACGAGUAAAGACUCUUUAACUUUAUGUUCGGAAACCCCAAUUGGACCGGGACACUUGUUAGGACAGGUGAAUCUCACCAAAUUCCCACGUCGAUUGGAACUUCGAUGUGGUACGAAGGUAAUGGUCCUUGAAGCCGAAGACCAAAAAUCCUAUGAUGGCUGGAAAAAUGCUCUUCAAGAAGCCAUACGAUGGAAUCAUGCCAUGGUACCAAGUAAAGAUGGAAGUUUUGUAACGUAUGGAAAACAAGCAUCGGAAGAUUUAAAACAAGAGGAACGAAGUCGUGCGGAAGCUGCAAAAAAAUUGAGAGAAAAACAACGAGCGGAUGAAGCAGCAGCCGUGGCAAAUGCUGCGAAUAAACCCAAGUAUUUACCAGCCAAUCGACCGGGGAUUCAAUGUUUUAUGACGUCCAAUACGAGAUUUGAAAUUCCAGCGAGUUUUGAAUACGUCAAGACCAUUGGGUCGGGUGCUUAUGGUGUGGUUAUUUCAGCGGCUGAUUCAAAAUCUGGAAAAACUGUUGCUGUUAAGAACAUUCAACGAGCUUUUGAUGAUUUGACCGAUGCCAAGAGAAUUGUACGUGAGAUUAAACUCAUGCGACACUUGAAUCAUAAAUGUGUGCUCGGUGUGGAAGAUAUUUUUGAACCCAUGGCAUUAGCCAAGUUUGAAGAUGUGUACAUUGUAUCGCAGCUCAUGGCAACGGACUUGCAUCGUGUCAUUUACUCGAGACAUGCGCUUUCGGAUGAACAUAUUGCAUUCUUUAUGUAUCAAAUGUUGUGUGCAAUGAAGUACGUGCAUUCGGCCAAUGUGAUUCAUCGUGACUUGAAACCAUCGAAUGUACUGGUCAAUGCUAAUUGUGAACUCAAGAUUUGUGAUUUUGGACUGGCGAGAGGUGUUUUUCCCGAAGAGGAGCUCGAGUUGACGGAAUAUGUCGUCACGCGCUGGUACCGUGCUCCAGAAAUUAUGCUCGGGUGCAUGAAGUAUAAAUCUGAAGUGGACGUCUGGUCAAUGGGAUGCAUUUUUGCUGAGAUGAUGUCGCGCAAACCACUUUUUCCAGGACAGGACUACAUUGAUCAGCUACAUUUGAUCAUGAACGCUCUGGGUGCGCCAAGUGAGCAGGAGCUGUACUUUCCUUACCAAUGCGCGUGCACGCAAGUUUAUGAACGCUGA